AAAAACAACGGAGUAAAAAAAAAUGGCUACUCAAGGAGACGAUGAAGACGAUAUAAAUCCCGUUAAAAUGAUCUUGCCUGAUGAAGAUCAAGGGAAGAGCCUUACUAUGCUAAGUGACGGUACAGCGAAGCAACAACUGCAGCAGCAUUAUAUCCGUUCGAUCGAGUCAAUGGUGGUGAUUAGACAGCUUCCUUCUGAAGGGCUCUCAUUCCAGCUUUGGCCAGCCGCUACUACGCUUGUUACUCUCCUUGAUAACCACCGCUGUCACCCUAGCAAAAGCCCCCUCACAACAAUCCUAACAGCUUUAUCAAAAGGUGGUGAUAAUAUUCGGAAACUGAAAAUCCUCGAGAUUGGGUCCGGUACUGGCCUUGCUGGAAUCGCCGCAGCCGUAACGUUAGGAGCUAAAGUGACGGUGACAGACUUGCCACACGUCAUCCCCAACCUUCAAUUCAACGUUGACGCGAAUGCUGACUUGGUAGCUCAAAAUGGUGGGACCGUCAACGUGGCUCCAUUGAGGUGGGGAGAGGAUGAAGAUGUGGAGGCUAUUGGGCGGGAAUUUGAUCUUGUUUUGGCUUCCGAUGUGGUUUACCAUGAUCAUCUAUUCCAGCCGUUGAUCGAAACGCUGCGUUUCUUGUUGAAUGGAGGAGGUGAAAAGAAAGUUUUCGUUAUGGCUCACUUGAGAAGGUGGAAAAAGGACUCCGCGUUUUUCAAGAAAGCCAAGAAGUUUUUUGAUGUUGAGACUUUACAUACAGAUCCUCCACAGGAGGGGACUAGAAUUGGUGUUGUUGUUUAUGGCUUUUUUGGGAAAAAUCUAAAAUGUUAAAAGAGGUUUUCCUUUUUCUUUGUUGAAAGUUUAUGCACUUAUGGCGUGAAAUCUAAUACACAGCAUUUUCACACUAA